CUCCCCAUUGCCCUACUUCUUUUCCAGUCCUCCCUUUCAUCAGGCCCUUUUCCCUAAUUUCUCUUGGGACGCUAGGGACGUUCCUGCCAGGAUGAGUCACAGGAAGUUCGAGCAUCCGCGCCAUGGUUCCCUCGGCUUCUUGCCCCGGAAGCGCUGCAAGCGCUCACGCGGGAAAGUGAAGUCGUUUCCCAAGGAUGACCCCACCAAGGCGCCGCACCUGACGGCGUUCCUGGGCUACAAGGCCGGCAUGACGCACAUCGUCCGCGAGGUCGAGAAGCCCGGAUCCCGUCUGCACAAGAAGGAGGCGGCGGAGGCGGUCACCAUCGUCGAAACCCCUCCCAUGAUCGUCUGCGGACUCGUCGCCUACGUGAAGACGGCCCACGGCCCGCGCACGCUCACGCACGUGUACGCCGGGCAUCUGAGCGACAACGUCCGGCGCCGGUGGUACAAGAACUGGCACAAGUCGAAGAAAAAAGCGUUCACCAAGUACGCUAAGAAGUUCAGCACCGAGGACGGGAAGAAGGAGAUCGAGGAGGAGCUCGAGCGCAUGAAGAAGCACGCGUCGAUCAUCCGCGUGAUGGCACACACCGAGGUGCACAAGCUCAAGGGCAUCAAGCAGAAGAAGUCUCAUCUGAUGGAGAUCCAGAUCAACGGCGGGACCAUCGAGGAGAAGGUCGACUGGGGCUACAAGCUGUUCGAGAAGGCCGUUCCGAUCGAUGCCGUUUUCAGGAAGGACGAGAUGAUUGACAUUAUCGCCAUCACCAAGGGUCACGGUAACGAGGGUGUGGUGCACCGUUGGGGUGUCACCCGCCUGCCUCGCAAGACCCAUCGCGGUCUUCGCAAGGUUGCCUGUAUCGGAGCGUGGCAUCCGGCUCGUGUCGCGUACACCGUGGCGCGCGCCGGUCAGAAUGGUUACCAUCACCGCACGGAGCUCAACAAGAAGAUCUACAAGAUCGGGAAGAAGGGCGACGAGAGCCACAAGGCCAGCACCGACUACGACCGCACUGACAAGGAGAUCACCCCGAUGGGCGGCUUCGCGCAGUACGGUGUGGUCGGGGAGGACUACAUCAUGAUCAAGGGGUGCUGCCCCGGCGUGCGCAAGCGCGUGGUGACUCUCCGCCGGUCGCUGCUGAAGCAGACGUCGCGCAACGCGCUGGAGGAGGUGAAGCUCAAGUUCAUCGACACCUCCUCCAAGUUCGGCCACGGCCGCUUCCAGACGUCCGAGGAGAAGGCCAAGUUCUACGGCCGCACCAAGGCCUAGAGCGUGGGGCGCGAAUGUGGGACCUGUGUGGAGGGCCGCGAAGAUGCUUAUGCGUCAUGGCACGUGGCUUGGGCCGCUGGUACUGUGCCCAGCGGCUGAAGGAGAGCAAGCCCCACACCACGACCACGUAUCCUGCACUAUGUGGUUUGGUUGGGGGGCUUGCUUCUCUGGGCGCCCUGCACCACUGCCAUGCCCUCUGCCUUCCCUUGCUUAGUGGCUGGAGUCUCCACAUGGCAGUGUUGGCUUGAGGGGGGAUUGAUGCAGUCGAACUUUGAGAACAUGGAUGUGACGUCGUUCUAUUGGAGUUUGAUCCGUCGUUUCAUUUGUGUACAGCAAGAAUAGUUGCGUAGAUCUGUUAAUCAGUUAAUUUGUCAUCUAGGCAGGGCCAAUAACCUCCUAAUUGAGUCACUUUGUGGGGCCAGCAGUUCGCUGCUAGCCCUCCGAAUUCCAUAAAUUAUGCCGCCCAUAUGUCUUGAUAUCCAUACGGCAUUAGGUGCAUUGCUACACCUCAUGUGGCAUGAUUGCCAGUCGGCCCUUUUAUGGUUUUUUCUUUGUCACGUAGCUGGGUAUCAAGGAAAGCAACGCAGCGUUUACUACUGUUUUGUGGGCUCAAACUCCUAGGAUGUCCCUUCAUGCUUCCAUCGCGCCACGUCAGAUCCGCUUUACGAUAGCAGCGUCACAUAUUCCUUCCGCCGACCGAGCGCGGUCUGGUCGAGAAUAGCAAAGCCGGGAAUUUGUGGCCAAAUACGCAGGAUCGCUCGAAUAAGAGACGCGAACAGGACUCCGCCAUGGAUCCUCGUGAAUCCAAGGAGCCGACUCCUCUAGACGUCUCCUCGUUGCCACGUAGGAUUGUGUUUGACGACGUGCUCAGCGCGCAGGAGUGCGAGGAGCUUGCAUUUAUCCACGCCAGCAGCAGCACGGUGGGGUACCGGCCGCAUGUGUGCUCCACCACGCUCUCCCACCUCAUCGCCGCCAACUGCGCUCCCCUCAUGCUCCCCAUCCUCCCCAUUCGCGGUAACCCUGUAACGGCCGCCACAUAAUCAGCUGGCUCGUGUUGCCCUUCCAUGGUCGGCUCAUCAGCUCUUGCUUGCUAGAAGCCCAAAAGCUCUUCUCGUUACGCUAUCUGGCGCAAUGUGCAGCCAAGUAUGGCUGCACUGCGCAACAAGUGUCACCAAUAUUUUCUGACAAGAGUUGCUGCUGUUGUGUGCGUGGCAGAUCGCAUACGGGACAAGGUGGAGGAGGCAUUCGGCAUGCAGCUAGGGCUGUUCAUUGAGUUCACGGGACUCAUCAGCUGGUUGCCAGGCGCCAGCAUCGGCUGGCAUGCUGACGACAACAGGCCGUACCUCAAGCAACGAGCAUUCGCUGCGGUGUGCUACUUGAACGAGUACGGCAAGGACUUUGAUGGGGGGCUCUUCAGGUUCCGAGAGGGCCAUCCACACUCCGUUGCUCCCAAGCCUGGGAGACUGGUGGCAUACUCAGCUUCAGGCGAGAAUGAGCACUGCGUUGACCCUGUGAUUCGGGGUCAACGCCUCACCCUCACUCUGUGGUUCACACUCAACCCUGCACACAGCGAAGACUCCUCCCUCCUCUCCCUUCUUUCUCGCAUCCCACUCUCUCUCCGCCCUCCCUUUCCUCACACUUCCCUCAACCCCACACCCAUGGGGGAUGUGGGGCCUGGAAGGUUCCAUGACGAUGGGGAGAAUGCUGAGGUGGAGGUUGUAUCUGAGGGCAGGGACAGAUGGGAAGUGGUAUCUGAAGCCAAUCAGAGGGGGAAAGUGGGAACUCAUGGGCUUGGGGAAAAUGGCCGAGACUCAGCACCAAAGGGGAAUGUGGAAGAGAGGAGCAGAGGGGAUGGAGGGACAGAAGGGUCAAAGAGGAGACGUGUGAGCAGCCUACUGUGCUCCCAUUGUGGGCCGGAGGGCUUAGCAUGCCUGCAUCGUGAAAGGGAGGACAGGGACGAGGCAGUGCUGGUGCCCAUUCCGCUUUUAGCGUCUGAUUCUCUGUAUAUAGUGCAGAAGGAGGGCCAGGGGGGAGAGGGUGAGGCAGCGGAAAGUGAAGUGGGGGGAGGAGUGCAACAGGGAGGGAGGGAGUCUGAUAGGGAGGAGCAGGGCGGGAGGGAGGUUGAUAUACGGGUACAGGAGCUAGCCAGUAUGGGAUGGAGGGCUGCCCCUUUUGUGCAUAACAGCUGCAGUGCCACGAUAGGGUUACCGCCUGGGAGAGAUGAUGCAGGGUUACGGGAGACGGAGUCUGAGUGGGUGGUGUUAGUUCCUGUGCUGGCUCAUGAGCUCAGAGACGGGGCUGGUCCCUGCCCUCCUUGGUCAGUUUCAAACUCAGGAGAGGCUGGGACAAAAAUGGUAAAGAAGGAGAAGGAUACAGGAGAGGGGAAGGAGAGGAAGGAGAUUGAGGCUGCAAUGUCUAUAGGAUGCAUCGAUAGAGGUGAAAUGAGGGGUAAAUGUGAUAGCGGGGGCGGGGGGGCAGACGAGCAAAUGGACUCCUCUCAGAAAGAAGUGCGUGUUCCGCCACCGGUGCUGUUCUUCAAUAUUCUGCACGCCUUACAGGUAGCAGCCUUCCACAGGUGGCGGACUAAAUCAAGGGCAAAUGCAGGGGAGUGCUGCAUCAACUGUGGCAAAUGUGAACAGUGCGAAAGGAACUCUGGUUGUAAUGAAAAGAUUUCCUGGAGGGGAAUGUUAGAUGCAAUGGAGCCGUGGAAAAUGUACAUGAAGGGUCUCACACGCAAGUUUCAGGAAUCCUCACCCAAAUGGCAGGCUGAUCAAAUCCUGUAUGACUGCUUGUAGUCUUCCUGCAUUUUCGAAAGUUCCCAUGCUGUUGCAACGGGCCCAGUAAAAGCAGCAAGCACGAAGUCUCUCACCUCGAGUUUGACAUGCUGGCUGGUAAGGCCGCGAAGAUCGAUAGCUCGAGCGUCCUCUCCCGUAAGGUCCAUCGAGAUGGACGAAGGCCAGGGCCAAUUUCUGCCCGUGAGAUUCUUUCCCUCCGCUUACUACGUUCACACAGCCUGCUCGCAGAAGGCGGCGGCAAAAGCUUCCUGUCGCUUUCGCCCUUAAGCGCGGAAGACCAGUUCCUGAAUCUGGUUUCGUUGUUGGCAGGAGGUCCUUACUGAGUUCUUCAGACAUGUCUACGAAGCGGAGAGCUCAGAGGUGCGUUGCAGGUUUCAUUUUACUGUAUUGUUGGAGUCUCCGCAUUUUAGGAAAUUUUCGGUUGUGAACGGAGACCUUUUGCCAUAAGGCCUAUACAGCUUCCAGGUUCAACCUCCGCAGCAUUCGGGGUGGCAGCAGGGCAAGGGGGCGAGGAUGAAGCCAGCCUUGCUCAUGCAGUUCCUCCUCUUGAUUCGCCUCAAGGGCUCGUCAGAAGCGCAGGCGAAGCGGAAGCAGCAUCACGUCCGGGUCGUUUGAGGGAGAGAGAUGACGUGGAGGGUGACUCUGCCGAAGCAGAUCCGCCUGCUGGGGCGGCUGAAGCUGGUGAUGAGCCGAGGGAGGUCGUUCAGGGUGAGGAGGGUGAUGGUGGGGCAGCAGGGCAAAGGAAGAAGCGCAAGAGACAAUCCAGUGUCGGCGCAGGAGGCGUGGCUCUUCCUGUAACAAAGCCAGCACAACGCCUUUGUUGUGGACUUCUUCGCCUGUUUGUUCAGGAAGCAGUUGGCCGUGCAACAGAGCAGGCAGAGGUGGAAGGCUCCUUGGUGAUUGAAGGACCUCAUUUAGAAAGGAUUCUUCCAAAGCUGCUCCUGGAUUUCUGAGUACAGUAUCAGUAGUGUCAAAUCUGUUAAACAUUCACAUGAAGGUUU